AUGGCCGGGGCCGUCACCACUAAGACGGCGUGGAAGCUGCAAGAGAUCACGGCUCACAGCAGCAAUGUAUCCUCACUAGUCCUGGGGAAAAGUUCAGGCCGGCUGCUGGCAACUGGAGGAGAUGACUGUCGGGUCAACAUAUGGUCAGUUAACAAGCCUAACUGCAUCAUGAGCUUGACAGGCCAUACAACGCCCAUUGAGAGCCUACAGAUCAAUACGAAUGAGGAACUCAUUGUUGCAGGGUCCCAGUCAGGGUCCAUUCGAGUUUGGGACCUGGAAGCUGCCAAAAUUCUUCGUACCUUACUCGGUCACAAAGCGAAUAUCUGCAGCCUUGAUUUCCAUCCUUUCGGAAGCUUUGUGGCAUCUGGCUCUUUGGACACAAACAUUAAGCUCUGGGAUGUGAGAAGAAAAGGCUGUGUCUUCAGGUACAAGGGUCACACAGAAGCAGUUCGAUGUCUCCGCUUUAGUCCUGAUGGGAAAUGGUUAGCCUCUGCUGCUGAUGAUCACAGUGUAAAGCUGUGGGAUCUGGCUGCUGGGAAGAUAAUGUUUGAGUUUACAGGACAUACGGGCCCAGUAAACGUUGUUGAAUUCCAUCCCAACGAAUACCUUUUGGCUUCCGGCAGCUCUGACAGGACUGUUCGGUUCUGGGACUUGGAGAAGUUUCAAGUUGUGAGCUGUAUUGAAGAGGAGGCUACCCCUGUCAGAUGUGUGCUCUUCAACCCAGAUGGCUGCUGCUUGUAUAGUGGCUUCCAGGAUUCACUGCGUGUGUACGGCUGGGAGCCUGAGCGCUGUUUUGAUGUGGUCUUGGUGAACUGGGGAAAAGUAGCUGACUUAUCUAUCUGCAACAACCAGCUGAUAGGAGUUUCCUUUGCGCAAAGCACAGUCUCUUCCUUCGUUGUGGAUCUCAGCAGAGUCACAAAGUCGGGUUCCAUUCCUCAUGGGCUGAUCAGGGACGACGAGCCUCUUGUGCCACCUACCCCCACAGGGUCCUCCCUUCGCCGCAUCUAUGACAGGCCCUCAACUAGCUGCAGCAAACCGCAAAGAGUGAAGCACAACUCGGAGAGCGAGAGGCGCAGUCCCAGCAGUGAAGAUGACCGGGAUGAGAAGGAAUCAAAGGCUGAGAUCCAGAACCCAGAGGAUUACAAAGAGAUCUUCCAGCCCAAGAACGCUAUCUGUCGAACUCCUCCUCGAAACAACGAGCCCUUUCCAGCCCCUCCUGAGGAUGAGCCCAUAACUGCAAAGGAAGCAUUGAAAUCCAGCCAAGCUGUGGAUGUCCAGACCCCGUUGCCAAAGCAAGAACUUGUAUGUACUAGGCCACCUAUUGCCUCCUCAACUCCUUUGACAAGAACAGAGCCGUCAGUGAUUCCUGCAGCCAGGAAUGAGCCCAUUGGCUUGAAGGCCUCUGACUUUCUACCAGCUGUGAAAAACCAAAGCCAGACUGAGCUUGUGGAUGAGGAAGCCAUGUCCCAGAUAAGGAAAGGCCACGAGACCAUGUGUGUGGUACUCACUAGCCGUCACAAGAAUCUGGAUACUGUGCGGGCUGUAUGGAGCAUCGGUGACAUCAAGAACUCUGUGGACUCUGCAGUGGCAAUCAACGAUCUGUCUGUUGUCGUGGACCUCUUGAAUAUUGUCAACCAAAAAGCGUCUCUCUGGAAGCUGGAUUUGUGUACUAUAGUCCUGCCGCAGAUAGAGAAGCUACUCCAAAGUAAAUACGAAAGUUAUGUGCAGACUGGUUGCACCUCCCUGAAACUCAUUCUCCAGAGAUUCCUGCCACUGAUCACAGACAUCCUUGCUGCACCACCUUCUGUUGGAGUGGAUAUCACCAGAGAGGAAAGGCUCCAUAAGUGCAAGCUGUGCUACAAGCAGCUGAAAAACAUUAGCAACAUCGUCAAGAACAAGUCUGGGCUCAGUGGCCGUCAUGGUAGUGCCUUUCGGGAACUGCAUCUCCUCAUGGCUGUCCUGGAGUGACAGCCGCCACCUCCUCAUGUGCAAACACAGGUGGCCAAGCUCCUCUAUGCUGUUUAAUCCAUCUGGCUGGAUUUCACCUCUCUCCGUGUGUCCAUCUUCCCCCCACAGCACAGUAGGGAAGUGGAGUCUCGCUGGCUGG